AUGUUAAUAGGUGGUGAGUUGUUCUCGCAGCGGUUCGAGCGGUACACUCUGCAUGUGACGGCGCUGUAUGAGCAGGUGGUGGUGUCAUGGGCGCUGCCGACGCAGGCCACGCGGCAGGAGGGCAUCGCCAAGGAGACCCUCGACAACCGCUGGCACUGGGUCGCGCUCCGCUACCGGCCCAACCCGCCCGCGCUCCUACUAGAGCUGGACAAAGACUCUAUGGUGAUCUCAAAUGUAACGUGGAACCCGGAGCUGCUGUCGCCGGGCGCGCUGGAGGCGGGCGGCGCGGAGGUGCUGGUGGGCAACGUGUUCAGCGGCUGCAUCCAUGAGGGGCCCCAGCUCGAGUUCCACGCGGCCAACGCACAGUUCAGCAACGUUGUCUUCGGACACUGCCCACUCUCCACCGACGAAUGUAAAGAUGGGAAGGAUGUAUUGAGGAUACCACCGAAAGACCACUGCUACAAUGAGCCGUGCAUGCGACACGGGACCUGCAUAUCCAGACACGACAGGUACGAGUGCCACUGCACGGCGCGGUACACGGGCAACAACUGCGAGGUGGACGCGGGCCCGCCGUGCGCGUCGGGGGCCUGCCUGCACGGCGCUCGCUGCCUCGAGGACGCCCGCGGCGACUACACCUGCCUCUGCACGCCGCCUUACCACGGUCGGCACUGCGAGCUGGAGGUGUCCCUGGACCCGGUGUGCGUGGCGGGCCCGUGCCGCAACAACGGCAGCUGCAGCGUGCCGCCCGGCGCCACCUCCUACGUCUGCGACUGUCCGCCAGGGUUCACGGGCCGCAACUGCGAGCAGGACCUGGACGAGUGCGCGGCGGCGGGCGGCGGAGCGUGUCUGCACGGCGGACGCUGCAUCGACGCACCCAACGACUACACCUGCGACUGCACCGCCACCGGGUACACUGGCGCGCGUUGCGAGAUUAACAUAAACGAGUGCGAGGAGGAGCCGUCGGUAUGCGGGCGUGGCGUGUGUUAUGACACGUACGGCGGGUUCGUGUGCGCCUGCCUGCCCGGGUACACCGGCGAGAGAUGCCACAGGAUGUCUGCGUGCGCGUCGGGCCCGUGCGGCGCGGGCGGCGCGUGCGUGGAGGAGGGCGGCGGCGGCGGCUUCCGCUGCGUGUGCGCGCGCGGCUGGGCCCCGCCCCUCUGCACCACGCCCCUCCCCGCACCACCCGCACCACCCGCACCACCCGCGGACACCCCCGCCCCGCCGCCGGCCUGCGACGGCCUCGCCUGCCCGCACCACUCGCACUGCGCCUACCACAAUACGCAUAUAGAUGCGUCUAAUGCGGCCGCCGGUGUCGGUGUAUCGACUCAGCAAGUGACAUGUGUAUGUGACCAGGGAUAUUAUGGCGCGGCGAGCGUGGCGGCCACGUGCGCGGAGGUGAGCGCGGCGUGCGCGGCGGGCGUGUGCCUGCACGGCGCCACGUGCUCGCAGGCCGCAGAUUCCUUCCAUUGCGCUUGCGCACCCGGAUAUCGCGGCACGUACUGCGAGCAGGCGGUGGGCAAGGCGCUGGCCGACCUCAAGGCGCCCGAGCGCUGCGCCGCCGCCCCCUGCCUCCACGCGCGCGCCUGCCUCGACCUCCCGACGGGGUUCCAGUGCGAGUGUGAGGCGGGGUGGGGCGGGGCGCGGUGCAGCGUGGCGGAGGGCGCGGCGGGGGCCCCGGGGGGCGCGGGGGCUCCGGGGGCUCCGGGGGCGGACUGCUGCGUCGAGGGCGGGGACUGCCGCGCAGACUGCGGCGCCACCGCGGACUGCCGCGCCGGGGGCUGCCCGCAUCACCAGGAGUGCAUUGAGCAAGGGGGCGCUUGGAGGUGCGCGCCGGGCACCGCCGCCGCGGACGAGGAGCCGCCGCCGAGUGAGGGGGGCGCGGGGGGUGCGGGCGGUGCGGGGGGCGCGGGGGCGGCGUCGGAGGCGGGGGCGGCGGGGGAGCCCCCGUGCGCGGCCGCCGCCUGCCUCAACGGCACCUGCGUGCCGCUCGACGCCGGCCUCUACCGCUGCCAGUGCCUGCCGGGGUACACCGGCCGUUUGUGCGACCUCGACGUAGACGAAUGCACGCGGACACCUAAAAUAUGCAAAAAUGGCGUGUGUGUCAACACUGUUGGAUCCUACCAGUGCUACUGCAGACCCGGUUACACGGGCGACAGCUGCGACCAGGACAUUGACGAGUGUCUGUCGUCGCCCUGCAAGAAUGGAGGCACCUGUCACAACUUGGAGAACAAUUACGAAUGCACUUGCAUGGAAGGCUACGAAGGCAAGGACUGCUCCGUGGACAUCGACGAGUGCGUGUCCCGGCCGUGCGCCAUGGGCGCCACGUGCGUCGACGGCGUGGCCAGCUACACGUGCCUGUGUCCCGCCGGGCUAGAGGGGCCGCGCUGCGAGCGGGACAUCGACGACUGCCAGUCCGCGCCGUGCCAGCACGGAGGACGGUGCGUGGACGAGCUGAAUGGGUUCCGGUGCGAGUGCGCCGGCACCGGGUUCACGGGCGACGACUGCGGCCAGGACAUCGACGAGUGUGCACCGCAGCCCUGCGCCAACGGGGCCACCUGCCACGACGACCUCAACGACUACCGCUGCACCUGCCAUCCCGGAUACACCGGCAAGGACUGCUCGGUGGACGUGGACGAGUGCGCGGCCGGGCCGUGCCAGCACGGCGGCGUGUGCGUGCAGCGCAGCAACGCCAGCCUGUACCGCGAGCCGGCCGCGCCGCCGCUGCAGCUGGGCCCGCAGCCGCACAUGCUGCUGCCGGACCUCUUCUACGCGCCCUUCUCAUACCACAACGCCAGCGGGUUCGCGUGCGUGUGCCCGGCCGGCACGCUGGGCGCGCGGUGCGAGGUGGACGUGGACGAGUGCGCCUCCUCGCCCUGCGGACACGGCAAGUGUGUGGACGGGCUCGGAGGAUACGUGUGCCACUGCAGCGCCGGCUACGAGGGCGAGCGCUGCGACAUCGACAUCGACGAGUGCCAGAGGUACCGUCCGUGCGUGCACGGGCGCUGCUUCGACGGGCGCGCGUCGUACUCGUGCGCGUGCGCGGCCGGGUACGGCGGCCGGAACUGCUCGGUGGCGCUGCGCGGGUGCGACGCGCAGCCGUGCCGGAACCGGGGCACGUGCCGGCCCUGGCUGCGCCGGGAGACCGAGCACCGGUUCAACUGCUCCUGCGCGCCCGGACACUACGGACACGUCUGCGAGAAGAUAACGACGAUGUCUCUGGAGAAGAGCAGCUACGCGGAGGUGAACACGUCCCGCGAGGAGGGCUACGACCUGUCGUUCCGGUUCAAGACAACGCUCGGCAACGGGCUGCUGGCCAUGGGCCGCGGACUCACGUACUUCUUCCUGGAGCUGAGCAGCGGCCGGCUCAACCUGCACUCGAGCCUGCUCAACAAGUGGGAGGGCGUGUUCAUAGGGUCCAACCUCAACGACAGCAACUGGCAGAAGGUGUUCGUGACGAUAAACUCGUCGCACCUGGUGCUGGCUGCGAAUGAGGAGCAGACCAUCUACCCGAUCAGCCAGAAUGAGGCCUUCAACGCGACGGUGACAUCGUUCCCCAGCACUCGGCUCGGUACUGCCGGCUCUUCAUACGCCACGCUGCGCCACGGACCCAACUUCUUCGUCGGCUGCUUCCAGGAUGUGGUUGUUAAUGGCCAGUGGGUGCUGCCGGAGGACUCGAACGCGACGAGCACGGAGAGCGCGACCACGGAGGCGCCGGCGGAGGAGGGCGAGGAGGCCGCCGAGGAGGCGGAGGAGGCGGAGGAGGCCGCGGAGGGGGCGGCGGAGGGGCCCGCGGGGGGGGCGGGGGAGGCGGGGGAGGCGGGGCAGCCGCGGCGGGCGCGCGCGGCCGCGCUGCACCGCGUGCGCGCCGCCUGCCCGCGCACGCCGCAGUGCGCGCCCAACCCGUGCCGCUCGGGCGGAGCCUGCGAGGACGCCUGGACCAGCUUCGUGUGCACGUGCCCGCGGCCCUACCUCGGCGACACCUGCCAGUACAACUACACGGCGGCCACGUUCGGGCAGGAGUCUGCGCGCGCGCGCUCGGUGGCGCGGGUGCAGGUGGCGGCGGACGCGCGCCGCGCGGUGCACGCCGCGCUGGACGUGUCCAUGUUCGUGCGCACGCGCAAGCCCACCGGACUCAUCUUCUACCUAGGAUCGCUGCCCAAGGCGCACCCGUCGGAGGAGACGCAGGUGAGCGCGUCGCUGCUGGGCGGAGAGCUGCUGGUACACCUGCGGUUCAACCAGACCUCAGAGAACUACACCGUCGGCGGCACGCGCCUCGACAACGGACACCUGCACCUCAUACAGGUGGUGCGUAACUCGACGUUGGUGCAGGUGAAGCUCAACGGCACAGAGUACUUCCGCAAGUCCAUAUCGGCCGCCAAACAACUCGACGCACAGGUGCUGUAUCUAGGCGGGCCCCCGCCCCCCGCGGUCGCCACCGAGGACGACGAUGACCAAUACUUCAAGGGCGUCAUACAGGACGUGCAGGUGUCGAACGGCGUGAACGUGACGGUGGUGGAGUUCUUCCCGCUGCGGGUGUCGGGGCUGCACCUGCCGCCGCCGUUCGGGGAGGUGGCGCUGGACCCGGCCGGGGUGCUGCCCGGGGUGGUCUCCGACGACGCCUGCGCCUCCCGGCCCUGCCUGCACAACGCCACCUGCCACCUCACCUGGAACGACUACACGUGUACAUGUCUGCGUGGGUACAAGGGCAAACAGUGUGCGCAGGUGGAGUUUUGUCAGCUGCAGGACUGUCCGCCCAACUCGCACUGCAGGAACCUAGAUGCCGGAUACGAAUGCGUGUCGAAUGCAACGUUUGAUGGCGUGAACACGACGCUGUCGUACCGGCUGCGAGUGCCGCGCGGACUGCCACUCGCUGGUGGCGCUCUACAGCCACCCGACUCACUCACCAUCACCUACAGGAGCAAGACGGGCGGCACGCUGUUCCGCGCGGAGUCCCCGGAGGGCGCGGUGUUCAGCGUGGGCGCGUACCGCGAGCAGGUGGCGGCCGAGUGGAGGCUGCCCGGCCGCGCGCCCGCCCUGCAGCGCAUGCGCGCGCGCGACCACCGCCACUGGACCACGCUGCGGUUCACGCUGCACCGCGACCACAUCACAGGCGUGUUCGUGGAGGCGGACGGGCACGAGGAGCCCGGGUUCGUGGCGGCCAUCGACGUGGCGGCGUGGCAGCAGCUCGUCACCGACGGUGACAUACACCUGGGCGGCGUGCGGCGCGACAGGCUACCACCCACCACCACCACCAUCACGCUGCAGCCUGAGAACUCGACGGACGUGGCGGUGCUGGAGUACACGGAGGGCGCGCAGUACGCAGCAGACAACCUGGACGGAGGAUACUUCAAGGGCUGCAUGGGCGCGGUGCACGUGGGCUCGCUGCUGCUGCCAUUCUUCACGGAGCAGGAGCUGUUCGUGGGCUCGGCCGCCGGCCUGCUCGCCGCGCAGCCACACUACGCGUUGCUGUCCGGGCGCGGGUGGGGAGCGGCGGAGGGCGUGGGCUGCGUGCUGUGCCUGGAGCAGGACUGCUCGCGUGGCGGGCGCUGCGCAGACGUACGCAGCUCGUACGCCUGCGCCUGCCCGCCCGGGUACGUCGGCGACCACUGCGAGACGGACGUAGACGAGUGUCAGGAUAACAAGUGCCAGAAUGGAGCCACGUGCCAAGACGGCGUCGCCGCUUACACCUGCAUCUGUCCGAUGGGCUUCGAAGGAGAGCUGUGCGAGCACGACAUCGACGAGUGCGCGUCGUCGCCGUGCGAGCACGGGGGCACGUGCGCGGACGCGGCGGGGGGGUACACGUGCACGUGCGGCGCCGAGUGGAGCGGACCGCGCUGCGAGGAGCCGCGCCGCCGCCGCUGCGAGCACCGGCCCUGCGGCGGCGCCGCGCGCGCCUGCCGCGACCGGGCCCCGGAUCCACCGACCGGCAAUAACUACACGUGCGAGUGUGUCGAAGGAUUCGAGGGCGUGCACUGCGAGAGCGCGUUUUGCGAAGUGCAGCCCUGCGUCCAUGGGGAGUGCAUAGCUGAACCCACGGGGCCGCACUGCGCGUGCGAGGAGGGCUUCCUGGGCCGCUACUGCGAGGUGGAGCGCGACGAGUGCGCGGAGGGGGGCGCCGCCGCCUGCCUGCACGGAGGGCGCUGCCUCGACCUGCGCGCCGGCUUCCGCUGCGACUGCGCGCACACAGGAUGGACCGGCCUUCGGUGCGAGGUGGACGUGGACGAGUGCGCGAGCGGCGCCGUCAACUGCGGGCCUGGUGACUGCCGCAACCUCGACGGCUCCUACACGUGCGAGUGCUCGCCCGGGUUCUGCGGCCACGAGUGCGCGCUGCGGGACCCGUGCUACGAGCAGCAGCCGCCCGGCACCGACCUGGUGGACUCCGCCGGGGACUCCGCCGGCAACCGCACCGGGCCCUGCCUCCACGCCGGGCGCUGCCAGCAGCGCUGCGCCGCGCUCACCGACUACGUCUGCCACUGCAGCGGCGGCUGGACCGGCAAGAACUGCUCGCACCAGGGCGUGGCGGGCGCGGCGGACGAGGUGGGCGCGGGCGCGGGUGGGGGCGCGUGGCGCUGGGCGCGGGGGCGGCGCUGGUGGUAUAUAUAUAUAUAUGUAUGUGGUGGGGCAGGGCGUGGCGGGCGCGGCGGACGAGGUGGGCGCGGAGGGGGCGGGCGGGCGCGGGGGGGGCGCGUGGCGCUGGGCGCGGGGGCGGCGCUGGUGGUAUAUAUAUAUAUAUGUAUGUGGUGGGGCAGGGCGUGGCGGGCGCGGCGGACGAGGUGGGCGCGGAGGGGGCGGGCGGGCGCGGGUGGGGGCGCGUGGCGCUGGGCGCGGGGGCGGCGCUGGUGGUAUAUAUAUAUAUAUGUAUGUGGUGGGGCAGGGCGUGGCGGGCGCGGCGGACGUGGUGGGGCAGGGGGUGGCGGGCGGGCGGACGAGGUGGGCGCGGAGGGGGCGGGCGGGCGCGGGUGGGGGCGCGUGGCGCUGGGCGCGGGGGCGGCGCUGGUGGUAUAUAUAUAUAUAUGUAUGUGGGGGGGCAGGGCGUGGCGGGCGGGCGCGGGCGGGCGCGGGUGGGGGCGCGUGGCGCUGGGGGCGCGUGGCGGGCGCGGGGGGGGGCGCGGCGCGGGGGCGGCGCUGGUGGUAUAUAUAUAUAUAUAUGUAUGUGGUGGGGCAGGGCGUGGCGGGCGCGGCGGACGAGGGUGGGUGUAUGUGGUGGGGCAGGGCGUGGCGGGCGCGGCGGACGAGGUGGGCGCGGAGGGGGCGGGCGGGCGCACGCGGCUCGACUCGCUUCGCCCGGGGGCGGCGCUGGUGGUAUAUAUAUAUAUAUGUAUGUGGUGGGGCGGUGGCGGGCGCGGCGGACGAGGUGGGCGCGGAGGGGGCGGGCGGGCGCGGGUGGGGGCGCGUGGCGCUGGGCGCGGGGGCGGCGCUGGUGGUAUAUAUAUAUAUAUGUAUGUGGUGGGGCAGGGCGUGGCGGGCGCGGCGGACGGGGGGGGCGCGGAGGGGGCGGGCGCGCGGGUGGGGGCGCGUGGCGCUGGGCGCGGGGGCGGCGCUGGUGGUAUAUAUAUAUAUAUGUAUGUGGUGGGGCAGGGCGUGGCGGGCGCGGCGGACGAGGUGGGCGCGGAGGGGGCGGGCGGGCGCGGGUGGGGGCGCGUGGCGCUGGGCGCGGGGGCGGCGCUGGUGGGCGUGGCGGGCGCGGCGGACGAGGUGGGCGCGGAGGGGGCGGGCGGGCGCGGGUGGGGGCGCGUGGCGCUGGGCGCGGGGGCGGCGCUGGUGGGCGUGGCGGGCGCGGCGGACGAGGUGGGCGCGGUGGGGGCGGGCGGGCGCGGGUGGGGGCGCGUGGCGCUGGGCGCGGGGGCGGCGCUGGCGGGCGUGGCGGGCGCGGCGGACGAGGUGGGCGCGGAGGGGGCGGGCGGGCGCGGGUGGGGGCGCGUGGCGCUGGGCGCGGGGGCGGCGCUGGUGGCGCUGGCGGGCGCGGCGGACGAGGUGGGCGCGGAGGGGGCGGGCGGGCGCGGGUGGCCGCGCGCGUGGCGCGCCGCGGGGGCGGCGCUGGUGGUAUAUAUAUAUAUAUGUAUGCGGGCGUGGCGGGCGCGGCGGACGGGGGGGGCGGGCGGGCGCGGGAGUGGGCGCGGAGGGGCGGGCGGGCGCGGGUGCAACCCGCGCGCAGAGAUGAUGCACCACGCCCUCAAGCCGCCGCCCGAGGAGCGCCUCAUAUAGCGACCAUCAUCACACCCUCCACCAUC